GAAGGCGAGCACGUGCUCCUCGGUGGUGGCCCCCACUCAGCUGAAGGCGCUUGGCCCUCCGUGCAAGGUCUGGGGCAGAGGCGGCGAGAGCCCAGCUGAUCUGCUCUGCCUCCAAAAGUCCCUCUGGCCACCAGCCCUUGGCUACCCUUGACCCUGGCAGCAUCUUCAAAGGGAGCAUGGGCUUGCUGCGGAGCCUGCAAUGUUUGCUCACGUAUCGGGCCAGCAGCUACCGCCUCCCUGCCUUGGGGGGUUUCGUCAGCCUCCCCCGGGGAGACCGGUCGGCCACCGCUGCUUGCACAAGGAACCCCUUCGUCCGGUCUGCAGCCAUGGCCACCUCGGCGAGCUCCCACCUGAGCAAAGCUAUCAAGCACAUGUACAUGAAGCUGCCCCAGGGGGAGAAGGUCCAGGCUAUGUACAUAUGGAUCGAUGGGACCGGGGAGCACCUCCGCUGCAAAACCCGCACGCUGGACCACGAGCCCAAGAGCAUUGAAGAUCUCCCAGAGUGGAAUUUUGAUGGCUCCAGCACUUACCAGUCUGAAGGCUCCAACAGUGACAUGUACCUGCGACCUGCUGCCAUGUUCCGGGACCCUUUUCGCAAGGAUCCCAACAAACUAGUUCUCUGUGAGGUCUUCAAGUACAACCGCCAGUCUGCAGAGUCAAAUCUCCGAUACACUUGCAGGCGGAUUAUGGAUAUGGUGUCCAACCAGCACCCCUGGUUUGGGAUGGAGCAAGAGUACACUCUUCUGGGGACAGAUGGACAUCCAUUUGGCUGGCCUUCCAAUGGCUUCCCUGGACCCCAAGGUCCUUACUACUGUGGGGUCGGGGCAGACAAAGCCUAUGGCAGGGACAUCGUGGAGGCCCAUUACCGAGCGUGCCUUUAUGCUGGUGUGAAAAUUGGAGGAACCAAUGCAGAAGUGAUGCCAGCCCAGUGGGAGUUCCAGGUGGGACCAUGCGAAGGGAUUGAGAUGGGGGACCACCUCUGGAUUGCACGCUUCAUUCUCCAUCGGGUGUGUGAAGACUUUGGUGUCAUUGUGUCCUUCGAUCCCAAACCCAUCCCUGGGAACUGGAACGGUGCUGGCUGCCACACCAACUUCAGCACCAAGAGCAUGAGGGAAGAAGGAGGUCUUAAGCACAUCGAAGAGGCCAUCGAGAAGCUGAGCAAACGGCACCAGUACCACAUCCGUGCCUACGACCCCAAAGGGGGGCUGGACAAUGCCAGGCGCCUGACGGGCUUCCACGAGACGUCCAACAUCAACGAGUUCUCCGCCGGCGUGGCCAACCGCGGCGCCAGCAUCCGCAUUCCCAGGAACGUGGGCCACGAGAAGAGAGGCUACUUUGAGGACCGCCGGCCCUCCGCCAACUGUGACCCCUACGCUGUGACAGAGGCCCUGGUUCGCACGUGUCUCCUCAACGAAACCGGGGACGAGCCCUUCGAGUACAAGAACUAAGCAGACUGUGCCCACAGACGCCGCCUUCCCCACCCCCCCACCCCCACCGUGCUCCCCGCACCCCUAAACUUCCCUUCUAGAUGUAAUCCCGAGGGUACAAGAUAACACAUUUUGUGUCCCAGUAACUCUUGUUGUCUUGAGGUGGGGAGGAAGGCGGAUUUAGUUUUAUCCAUGUCUGUUUGUCAUUGACUCUUCGGAAGACGAGAGGAGGAGAGGGUGUUAGAGAACUUUUAACCACUUGUUUAUUUUUUUUUUUUUGUCUAAUUCAUGCGUACACCUGGUGGGACCCAGUGGCUUCCAGGGACAGACGGCACACAAAAAGCCAGAAGGCGAGUGGCAAGCUUAAAACUAGAGCUGACUUCCCCAAGAGUAAAAUUGGGGGUGUUAGCCCCGCUGCUGGUUCUCUGCAGACUCGUGGUUCUCUGAAGGUUGGUGCCUUUCUGUGGAGAAGGGAAGAUGGGAGCCGUGGUGGAGCCCUGCAAGCUCCUGCCUGGGUGGUGUGAUGGGGAGAUCUUCACCCUCUGGCCACUCUGAGGUUGUGGGAAUCUUCUGGCAUUGAGCUCAGUGCAGGAGCAUUGAGGAGAACUCCUGGUUCUGUCACUGGAAGUCAGCUGGUCUCUGGUUCAUAACACAGAGUGAAGUAGUAUUUUUCUAUUUAAAUAUAAAAACAAACAAAAAAAGUUAUAUAUGAAAGUCAUUUUUUUGUUUUUUGUUUUUUUUUUUGUUUUUUUAAAACAAAAAGAGAUGAGGUUCCAAUGACUCACCUGGCUAGAGCAGGCAGAGCUCUUGAAGAUGCUGUUGGAGGGCUUCCAGGUGGGACUGAGGGGGGAGCUGGGAGGGCUCUGUGGAGGAGACUGGGAUGAGAUUUGUUUCAGUGCAGAGUGCAGUUUGCAGGAGGUGGUUCCCAGCCCUGGGAGGCCCAGAGAAGCAUUUCUCACUGUAACUCGAGCAGCUGCAAGGUGCUCACGAGCAUGUAGAUCAACAGGAGGAAGGUGUCCUGGACUAGAAGUUGACGGGUCAACUGUGUUCUGGACAGAGCUGUGGGUGUGUUACCUUUGCAGCAGGGCUAGCGUGUCACUAAAGCAGGGCUUUUGAUAAAGGCAAAAAAACAGAGAAGAAGUUUUAGAUGACUUUUUUCCAUAAUGUUCUUAGUUUCUAAAACGGAAUGGUUCUGCAGAGACUGUUGAUGUCACUGUUGUGUCCUGACUCUCGGGUUGCCUGUCACCUGGCUGUGAGGGGGAGCUAGGAGAAGGGAAAGGUCACCCCGUCCUUCCUGGCUAGCCCUGACACCUCCCAGGUGAUGCUAGGGGGUUCCAGGAUUUUAUACUUGGGUAUCUUGGAUGGUGCCAGUUUUAUUCCGUUGCGUUUGGACUUCUUCCAAAUAGAUCCUUUUUUUGUAAUAAAAAAAAAAAAAAAGAGAAAAAGAACAAAACCUUAA